CCAUCUCUUUCCGAAUAUAAUCGAUCCCCUUAUAUUGUGUUUGUUAAUGUUAGGGGAAACCCUAUUGUCUGUCUAUUCUAUUGUAUUGGAGAUAAUCAAACCAAAUAAAUAAAAAUAAAAAAAGAUGAUGGGACUGUUCAAACAGAAGCCGUUGACGCCGGUAGAGCUGGUCCACCAUAUCCGUGACCUUCUCACCUUCACCUGUCCCAAUCCCGACAUUACUGAAGCCAAGCGCCAGGACAAGGUCCGCGAAUUGACAAGACUUAUUCAUGAAGUGAAGAUAGUACUUUAUGGCGACGAUAUGUCAGAACCACAUGAAGAUGCUUGCGCGAAGUUAACACAAGAGUUUUUCAAGGAAGAUAUAUUACGCCUUCUAAUCACCCACCUUCCUCAUUUGGAUCCCGGGUCCCGUCAAGAUAUCACUCAUGUGCUUGCAAAUCUACAAAGGCAACGCGUUCAUGGCCAUUACGUUGCUGCUGAAUAUUUCGAACAAAAUACAGAUAUUCUUGACUUGUUGAUACCCGGGUAUGAUGACCCGGAAACCGCCAUAUCGUUUGGUGCAAUCUUGAGAGACUGUAUUCGUCAUCAAGUAGUUGCAAAAUAUAUUUUGGAGUCUGAUCACAUGAAAACGUUCUUCAGCUAUCAACAUGAUCCGAACUUUGACAUAUCAUCGGAUGCAGCAGCAAUAUUUAAGGAGCUGUUAACGAGGCAUAAAUCAACUGUUGCUGAAUAUCUUAACAAUAAUUAUGAUUGGUUUUUCGUGGAGUAUAACAAAUUGCUGGAAUCUUCUAACUACAUUACCAGACGGAAUGCUAUUAAGCUGUUGGGAGCGAUGUUACUGGAUCGCUCAAAUACGGCUGUUAUGACGCGGUAUGUGAGCUCAUUGGAAAACAUGAGGAUCCUAAUGAAUCUUCUUCGCGAUUCAAACAAGUGCAUACAGUUGGAAGCUUUUCAUGUCUUUAAGCUUUUCCCUGCGAAUCAAAACAAGCCGCAGGAUAUUGUGAACGUGCUAGUUGCAAACAGAAGCAAGCUCCUUCGGUUCUUUAGUGAAUUCACUUUUGACAAAGUUGAUGAGCAGUUUGAAGCAGAUAAAGCUCAAGUGAUGAAUGAAAUCGAGAACCUUGUGCCCAAAUGUGAAACAUGUGAGAGUCCCAAGGAAUGUGACGGACUGAACUGUUAACCGUAUUAACAGAAAGAUGUCACACUAACGUUUAGCCGUCUCGGGUCAUGUAAAGGUAGAAAAAGUUUUACUAUGUAUAUAUUUAUUUUUUUUAUUUUUGAUGACAAGAACAAGUUGGAUGUCAUUUUUGUUUCUGAUUCUGCAAUUGAAUCAGGUAUGUUCUUUGGAUCAA